AUGAUACGAAUUUGUGCUCGAGUGACGACUCGCUCGUCUGCGAACAAAGCCACGCCAUUUCGAAACUCACCGAUAUACACGGCUCGCCAAUUUAGCAGCUCGCAAUGGCGCAAAGAAGACCCGCGCAUCUCAGACUUUGGUCGCGAGAUCGUAGAUGAGUUUGCCGUGAUGCGCGAGAAAUACGAUACGCCUAAACACACCAUAGUCCUUGCCCACGGUUUACUAGGCUUCGAUGAACUACGAAUCGCCGGGCAGUUUAUACCGGGCAUACAAUACUGGCGCGGCAUAACAGACGCACUGGCGCACAAGGGCAUUGAGGUCAUCGUGGCUGCAGUUCCGCCUAGUGGAAGCAUUGAGGCGCGGUCUGCAAAACUGGCUGAGAGUAUUGCGGUCAAGGCAAAAGGUAAACAGGUUAACAUUAUCGCAGGCCUCGAUUCGCGUUACAUGAUUAGCCAGCUCCGACCGACCGACUUUAAGAUACUUUCCUUGACCACUAUAGCCACUCCACAUAGGGGCUCUGCCUUUGCAGACUACAUGUUUCAGACGAUCGGUCCUCGUCGGAUCAAACGUGUCUACAGUGUUAUGGAGUACUUUGGCUUUGAGACUGGUGCCUUCUCGCAACUCACGCAAGAGUACAUGCAGAACAGCUUCAACCCCAAGACGCCAGAUAUACCAGAUGUCAGAUACUUCUCGUAUGGUGCGUCUCUCGAACCGACUCGAUGGUCCGUCUUCGCACCUUCGCAUGCCAUUAUCAAACAGAAAGAGGGUGUGAACGACGGACUAGUCAGUGUCCAGUCCAGUCGCUGGGGCGAUUACAAAGGCACUCUGAUUGGUGUAAGCCAUCUCGACCUGAUCAAUUGGACCAAUCGUCUUAAGUGGUUCUUUUGGGAGCUCACAGGUAGCAAGCGCAAUUUUAAUGCUAUUGCAUUUUAUCUUGAUAUCUGCGAUAUGCUAGCGAAGGAGGACCUGUAGUUCUGCCAGAUGCGACAAUAGCUAGCCAUCAGUUUUGAACCAUUCGAAGCCUAGCAAUUUCGACGGCAAAGCACUCGUGGCUUGAUUGUCUUACAUGUAAUUUUCGGAUUCAGCGUAUAUUCUGUGUGCAAGGCAUGCUUUGAAUAACCUCAUCUUGGGGAGGUUUGGGCCUGGUCACACCAUGCUCAUGUAAGACAGGGGCAUGUUUCAGCCCGGAAGUGCGGCUAUGGCCGUGGCUGUGUACAGCCAAGUGUCCGAAUUGGGGGUAUGACAUGCUGGGCAUGCAAACUCAUACUUAGAUGGAGACGCAAAAGAUGUGAAUUCAUGGAAAAGCCUCAAAUAUCGUAUCAAAUUGAGCCAGGAAGUGUUAUGGUGG